UAGACAGUUAUAAAUUAUGAAAUUGACCGAUGGCUGUUUUUGCGCAAAGUUAAAACAAACUUAAAAUGAAGGGCUAAAUUCUGUCCAAUCAACUUGCGUCAUCUUGCAACAUCUGCUUCACCUUCAUCCAAUCAGGACCCUUUGACCUGUUUAUCCGGUCAGGUUAAUGCAGCUAAUCAGCAGUCAGGUGAGCGUCAGGUAGCGGAGCGUUUGACCAACAGGAACGGAUCGGGGGUCCUGGGCGCGGACAGACAGGAACCAGGAUCAGGUGACGUGUAAAGACCUCCAGAGUUCCAGGCUUCAGCACUAAGGGUUGCCUGUGUGGGUCAGAACCAACUCAUUUGGACCGAGAAACUCCUGAGGAAGAUGAUGAUGAACCUAAAAUUUGUGAUCCUGCUUUUUCUGCUGGUGGUUCUGGUGUUGGGAGUGGCCUACGUCUACCUGAACCCGCUCCCCAGAUUCAAGGAAGGCUUCUGUGAUUCAAUGACAGAGCGAUUUGUGAGUGAACACUUCAAGAGUCCUGACUCCCACCUGGUGGCAACGGAUGGGUUGCAGUACCAGCAGCCGAGCAUCACGCAUGGUCGGACAGACAUUGUGUCAUUGACUCCCUGGUUGGCGCCAAUCGUCUGGGAGGGAACCUUCAACCCGGUUCUCCUGGACUCCGUCUACCAGAAGAAGAACAUCAGCAUCGCCGUGACGGUGUUCGCUGUGGGGAAGUACAUCAUGUUCAUGAAGGACUUCCUGGAGACGGCGGAGCAGCACUUCUUCGUGGGGUUCAGAGUCCAUGUCCACGUGUUCACCGACCGGCCGAAUGAGGUGCCCAAAGUCAAAAUGGCCGAUGGCAGAGAGCUGAGUGUGCAUUCUGUGCCAAACUCCAAACGCUGGCAAGAGAUCUCAGCCCGACGGAUGGAAAUGAUCCAGAAACUGAUUGAGGAGAAACUGAAAGGCGACGUGGAUUACAUCUUCUGCCUGGAUGUGGACUCCAAGUUUCACGGCCGCUGGGGGACCGAGUCACUGGGAGAGCUGGUGGCGGUCAUACAUCCUGGGUACUACAGGGACCACCGCGGCAGGUUCCCUUACGAGCGACGGUCCGCCUCCAGAGCCUACAUGGCUCCUGAUGAGGGUGACUUCUACUACUGCGGCGGAGCCUUCGGUGGCCUCCUGAAGGAGGUCCAUCAGCUCGCCCAGACCUGUCGUAAGAACUUUGAGGACGAUGCCAAGGAGGGCAUUGAGGCCGCCUGGCAGGAGGAGAGCCACUUGAACAGGUACAUGUGGAUCAACAAGCCCAGUAAGGUUCUGUCCCCCGAAUACCUGUGGCAGGACUUCAAACCUAGAAACCCGGAAAUUCUCAUCAUCAGGUUCUCUGGGGUCGUAAAGAACUAUAAUGAUAUCCGACCAAACUGAGCCGAUCGGUUCUGAACAAGCCGGACUGGACCAGCCAGGAAGUACUGCACACAGCACCGUCAGAACUUCCAACUACUGUUACGCUAAAUAUCUACCUCCAGACACACUGUCUCUCUGACCCGACCCAUCCACAUCCACACUCAGGGCCUUCAGUUCUUCUUGAACAUGUGCUAUCCUCACCCCAUGGAUCCAUUCAAGUGUUUCACUGGUUUAUCUGUCAGUCUGUUUAAUGGGACCCAAAAGGUCCCGGAGUUCUGUUUCAGUUCUGCAACCCAAGCUGCUGCUGGUUCGGACUUCUUCUGCAGAUCCAGUAAUUCUGAUGCCAAUGCUCUGUUCUCACCCUGACCCAUGCAGCUGGUGAACAGGCUUCAUAAGGUUCUCUGUUGGGUUUGUCCUCCUCAUUCUUUGCCAUGAAAACCCGGUUUAAAGGACCCGCCGUUAUUAAUGUUCUCACGGAUCACAGAUAAACCCACAGACAGUACGUGAGGUAAGGCCAGGGACCAGGGUUCUUUUAGAACUUUCUUCAGGGUGAAUCCAGGGGCUUAUCUCCAUGAAUUCCUCCUAGUUUCCUCCAACAACUGGGAUGAUCCUCCUGAGAACUGAUCUGAGAGCAGAUUCAUUUCGUUUACUCGUCAGGAAAAGUUUUAGGUCAAGUCCACUUGAAUUUUUGGGGUCCUGGGAGAUGACUGGAGUUUGCCAUCCUAAAUGAUGAGAUGUGAGGGCUCCUCAGGAUCCUCCUGUAACCCUACAGACUCAGGAAGCUGAAGGAAAUCUCUGUUUAACAUCCAAAUAAAAAAAACUUUAGUUUCUCUCUAAGGCAUCACUGAUCCAUUUUCAUAAUUGCAGAUUAAAGAUAAAUUUCUAUAGGUACAGAUUUCAAUAAUGAAAAUGUGGUUUAUUGACUCCAGUGGAACUCAUUCCCCAACAGAAUCCGCUAAAUGUUAUUGGGCAGCUGGUCUGAACUUCACUCUAAUUAUAUAUAUAUAUAUAUAUAUAUAUAUAUAUAUAUAUAUAUAUAUAUAUAUAUAUAUAUAUAUAGUGUAUACGUCAACAAAUUAAAUUACAUAUGCAACCCGAGCCUUUACUGAUUAUUUAUAUGAUUAAGAAUGUAUACCAUGAAGAGGUGGCAAAAGAAAUCAUUUGGGGGGAUGUUUUGGAUUGUUUUCUUUUUUUAAGUUUGCAGUUUAACGCACAGACUUAAGUUUGUUUCUGUUUGGGUUUGAAGCUUUUCUGUAUAAAGUGUGAUUGUUUACCUGAAAUAAAAGUUAAAGCUGUCAGAUUA